AUGUGGCUGUUUAGUUUUUGGAUUUAUCCGAUUGCUCUCCUCUUGGUUUGCUCGGAAUUGGUGCAAUCAUGCGCUGAUUUUAUAUUUGUUAUCGAUGGUUCGGCGAGUGCACCACAGCAAUUCAAGCGUGUCAUCAGGCUUCUCAAGGGCGUUGCUGAUGAACUACGCAUCGACUCGACUGGUCAUCGUGUCGCAAUUCUUGAAUACAGUAGCUUGGCGAAGGCCUCAAAAUGGCGUCGAUAUUACUUCGAACAUAUCAGCGUAAGGCUCCUAAAGACAUUUGGUUUAUUCAUCGCAUUUCGCUGA